AUGAAGGACAUCACCCUGUCAGCUGCCGUGCGGCAGAACCUUCUCACACUCCAAUCCACCGCAGACCUGAUGUCCGGCGUCCAGAACAAACUGGCGACGGGUUUGAAAGUUAACUCCGCGCUGGACAAUCCGAAUUCUUUCUUCACGGCAUCAGGCCUGAGUUCCCGCGCCAGCGAUCUGAGCAAUCUGCUCGACGACAUGGGCCAGUCGCUGCAAACGAUCAAGGCAGCCGACAAAGGUAUCCAGACGAUCAACGACCUGGUUGAAACCGCAAAGGCGAAAGCCAACCAGGCCCUGCAGACGCAGAGCCAGUUCGAGCGCAAAACAUUCGCAGCGCAGUACAACGACCUUCUGGAACAGAUUGAAGACGUUGCGAAAGACAGCUCCUACAAGGGGAAAAAUCUCCUGGGUGGCAUCGGCAACGAUCUGACGACGAUCUUCAAUGAAGAUGCGACUUCGAAACUGACCAUUGAAUCCGUCGAUUACUCCGACACGUCACUGUCCACCGGACUGAACUUGUCCGACCUCGCUGAGGGACAAGGCAAUACAACGACCCUCCAGCUUCAGGGCGGCAAGACGACCAUCAACCUGACGGAUGGUACGUCCACCUUGAAAUCCAGCUCCACCCUGUCGGAUUCCAACGCGAUCUCCACGACGACAACCCUGUCCUUUGUCAAUGACACGGCAACAGCACCUGCUGCUCUUUCCGGCGCAAGUGACAUCACGGCAGGCGCGACCGUCCAGGAUCUGGUUGACGGCCUCAAUGCCAUCGCCGGUGUUCGUGCCGAGUUCGACAACAACACGGGUGAUCUGACUGUUUACAGUGAUGAGGACUUCCACAUCACGGACGGAUCCGUCACCGCAACACUUGGUUCGUUUGCCUUCGGAGCGACAGCGUUUUCAACAACGACCCAGCUUCUAAGCGAAUCCGGUUCGUUCGCGGUCGGUGACACUUUGACACUCACCGACGGGAACGAUUUCGAACUUGGUUCUUUUGAAAUCGAUGAUGACACGACGGUCGCUGACCUCGAGAAUUUCAUCAGCGACUUCAAUGGCGUAUCGUCUGACUUUGACGCCGGCUCAGGCUUGCUGACGAUCGAAUCCGAGACCGAUCUCACACUGACAAGUGACAAUACCGACUUUACCAGCUCCAACUUCGUCACGGAUACCGACGGCAUCACGCUGGAUGCGCUCUCAGACUCUGGUUUUGCUACCGACAGCGAUAUCAACAGGGUCGUUGACCGCCUCAAUACGGCGCUCUCCAACCUUCGUUCCCAGGCGUCAGAAUUCGGUACCAACCUGUCUAUUGUUGAAAUUCGCCAAGAUUACACGAAGACGAUGAUCAAUACUCUUCAGGAAGGCGCCGGUCUCUUGACCUUGGCCGAUACCAACGAGGAAGGCGCAAACCUGCUGGCUCUUCAAACACGGCAGCAGCUUGCUUCGACAUCUCUUUCCUUCGCCUCCCAGGCGGACCAGACGGUGCUAUCCCUCUUCUAG